AUGGCCGAUAAACUCCGUACACUCCAGAACCUGGAGGCUCUCCAGGCACGCUACAUCGGUACCGGUCAUGCCGAUACCACCAAGUACGAGUGGACAUCGAACAUUCUCCGUGACAGCUAUGCUUCCUACGUCGGUCACAACCCUUUGCUCUCGUACAUGGCAGUUGGCAUGGGUGAACCCAAGGAGAAGGUUCGAACGAUGAUGCUGGAGAAGAUGGUCAGAGGCGCUGGUAAUCCUCCAGAAACUCAGGAGUAA